AAGAAACGAUGAAAAAAAGAACAAAGACAAAGAAAUGUAAAAGUGAAGAAAAAGAGAAGGAAGAAGGAAAAAGAACAAAGACAAAAAAAAUGAAAAGAGAAGAAAAAGAGAAGAAACAAAGGAAAAAAGAACAAAAACAAAGAAACGUAAAAGAGAAGAAAAGAGAAGGAAGAAGGAAAAAAGAACAAAGACAAAAAAAUGAAAAGGGAAGAAAAAGAGAAGAAACGAAGAAGAAAAGAACAAAGACAAAGAAAUGA